AGCGUCGUGUGUGGACCACCAGAAUCCGUACAAGAAUUUAUGAAAAAAUUAAAGGUCAAUAAUGUUUACGUGAAGGAGAUCUACUGCAAUGUACCGUAUCACAGUUCUUAUCUCGCACCGGCGGAAACUCAGCUUCUGCUUAAUUUGAAUAAAAUAAUACCACAGCCAAAAAAACGGAGUUCAAAGUGGAUCAGCACUUCUAUACCUCGCACCAAAUGGUCCACUUCAACAGCAAAGUUAUCAUCGGCAGACUAUCACACUCGAAGUUUAUUAAACACUGUUCUAUUUCAACAAACUACGGAUCUAAUUCCAAACAAUGCUGUGGUUAUUGAAAUCGCACCAGACAAUAUUUUGCAUCACGCUUUGACAGACUCCUUACAUCCAAGUGUAACGAAUAUUGUAUUGACUCAACAGACCAAUAAAAAUAUUGAUAUAACUUUACAAGGAAUUGGGAAGAUCUACAAUUGUGGUUUACAGCUACAAAUUGCCAAUUUAUACCCACCAGUCGAAUUUCCAGUUAGCCGAGGAACUCCUAUGAUUUCUCCAUCAAUCAGAUGGUGUCAUUCUGAAAAUUGGCUUACAUCGAGCGCAGAACAGAAGUAUAUUAAAUCAAGAGGAAGGUACAUCAACAUUGUACUCGAUGAUGAAGAUCAUGAAUAUAUGAGCGGUCAUGUGAUCGAUGGAAGAAAUUUGUUACCCGCGAUGGGUUAUUUGGGAUUCGUUUGGCAAACGAUUGGCUUGAUGAAAGGAUCGAUGCACACAACGAUACCGAUAGUCUUUGAAGAUGUAAAAUUUAUUCGAGCUACUCAUUUGUCGAAAGAUAAUGCUACAGAACUAUUUGUUGCAAUACAGAAAGAUGGACGGUUUGAAAUAACUGAAGGAGAUAGCGUUCUUGUCACAGGUACAGUAUACGAGACGGAGAAUCCAGAACAGGAAAUGAUUCCAAUAGAUUUAUUACCGGAGAAUAAUGAUGAAGAAGAACACAUGACUGCACGAGAUAUCUAUAAAGAGUUGAAAUUGCGUGGAUACCAGUACAGCGGUUGGUUUCGUGGAUUAAAGAGUGCCUCUAUUUCGGGAAAUCAAGGACAUAUCAUUUGGAAAAAUAAUUGGGUAACAUUCAUGGAUACCAUGUUACAAAUGUUAAUUAUCGGAUACGAUACUAGAGAUCUAUAUGUUCCUACAAGUAUUCAGAAAUUAGUGAUCAAUCCAAUGCUUCACGCAUGUAAACUACAGAACGCGGAUGACGAAGAUGUUCACGCAACAGACAUUGACAAACUAUUACAGGCACGAAUAUACAAAGAGAUAGACACGAUAAAAGCUGGCGGAAUAGAGAUUCGAGGCAUGAAAGCUACUCAGAUCUCUCGCCGAAAAUUAGAACAAAAUGCUGUUAUCGAGGAACAUACAUUUGUAGCUCAUUGUGAUCACGCUAAGAUUUCUUUGAACAAAGCAAUUCGAUUAUCAGCUCAACUCGUAUUGGAAGAUCAUCAAAUUAUUAAAGUGCGAGCCGUUGAGCUAGUGGAAGAUGUCGAUGAUGUUGAAUUAGAAUAUCUUUCAUCAUCACUGCUACUUGAGGCAUUUGGUGAUAUGCCACUAAUACAAGUAAAUAUCACUCUAUUAACAUCAUCAAAUCGUUUCAGGCCAGAAGACUUACCGCAAAAUUGUUCAAUCAAAGAUAUUGAACAAUCAUCUACAGAUGAUAAAGCUUUAAUUGUUACUGGAUUCAAUCUUUUGACCAAACAACAUGCAUCAUUAGAGCGACUAUUACCAUUUUUGGGAGAGGGUGGUUAUUUGCUGACUCGUGAGAAAUGCGAUAUAACUGAUUAUAAAAAACGUUUGCAACAAUACGAGUUAAACGUUAUUCUCGAAAAACGCACUGAAAAAGAAAUAAUUGUUCUACUGAAGAAAAAAGUUUUAAUAAAAGAAAGGACUGUUGUUUACAUAAAUAAUGAUAAUUUUAAUUGGCUGGAAAAUUUAAAGCUACUUGUAAGCGAUAAGAAUAAAUUCGACAAGAAUAGCAGAAUUAUAAUUGUAGGAGAGGGAGAUUUUGAAUGUGGUUUAUUAGGUUUUGUUAACUGUUUGAGAAAAGAGCCAGGUGGAGAACUUGUUAGAGGUGUGCUUGUUCAAGAUGACAAAGCACCUAAAUUCUCUCUUGAAGAUCCCUUCUAUCUAGAGCAAUUAGAGAAAGAUAUGAUCAUUAAUGUACUGCGAUUUAAUAAAACUUGGGGAUCGUACAGACAUUUGAAACUAUCACAACCCGAAGUCAAACCUGUACCUACCGCUCAUAUCUGUCAAACGGUUCGUGGUGACUUAAGUACACUUUGUUGGAUAGAAAAUAAUAUAUUAGACGUGUGUUGUCGUGAGAACUUGGCGCACGUUGUCUACUCAUCUCUGAAUUUUAAAGAUAUAAUGUUGGCCACUGGUAAACUAACACUUCAUCAUGGGAUGAUUUUACGAGGACGGUUAUUCCAGUAUCUUCCUCUUGGAAUAGAAUACGCGGGUUUCAAUGCUAACGGACAACGUAUAAUGGGAAUCCGUGAUACUGAUUGCAUAGCAAAUGUCGUUGAGAUAGAUGAAGAUCUUUGUUGGUAUAUACCCGAUGCAUGGACAUUUGAAGAGGCAGUAACGGUGCCGUGCGUUUACAGCACGGUUUAUUUAGCCUUAUACGUUUAUGGAAAAAUAAAAAAAGGUGAUAAAAUACUUAUACAUUCUGGUACUGGAGGCAUUGGACAAGCAGCUAUACAUGUCGCUCUUAAAGAGGGAUGUCAGGUAUUUACUACAGUGGGCACGAAUGAUAAACGGGAUUUUAUUAAAAAAAUGUUUCCGACUAUUUUGGAUGAACAUAUUGGAAAUUCUCGAGAUACUAGUUUUGAACAAAUGAUAAUGCAGGAAACGAAAUAUUACGGAGUCGAUAUUGUGUUAAAUUCAUUGGCAGAAGAAAAAUUAACCGCCUCCGUUCGGUGUUUAGCUCAAAAUGGUCGAUUCUUAGAGAUUGGCAAAUUCGAUCUUGUUUCUAACAAUUCUCUAGAUAUGUCUGCAUUUCAAAAAGGUAUCAGUUUUCAUGGGAUUAGACUUGAAAAUAUAAUAGAAAAAAAUAAAGAUGAAAAAAUUUAUUGGAAAAAUUUAUUGUUCACAUUGGUCCAAAAUGGUUUAAAUGAUGGAACAGUUAAACCAAUCCAAGCAAAAAUUUUUUCAAAAACUAAUGUUGAAGAAGCUUUUAGAUAUAUGGCGAGCGGAAAACAUAUGGGCAAGAUAAUUAUAAAUAUUCAUGAAAAAGAUGAACCUUUAGAUAAGCACAUUCUCGCGUAUCGUUGCUAUUAUUGUCUCAAAGAUAGGAGUUACAUUAUACUAGGAGGCCUGGGCGGAUUUGGUUUAGAAUUAACAGACUGGCUUAUAUUUCGUGGUGCUAGAAACAUCAUUCUGAUUUCAAGAAAUGGAAUAAAAAACGGUUACCAACGCAUGAAAGUUCGACUAUGGAAAUCGUAUGGCGUAAACGUUCUGAUCAUUAAGAAUAUCGAUGUUGCUGAUCUCAAAGAUUGCGAAUAUCUUUUACGGACUGCGGAAAAAGAAGCUCCAGUGGACGCUAUAUUCAAUCUCGGUGUGGUACUGAGAGAUGGCAUUUUUAAAAACCAAACUGCAGAAGCAUUUGCAGAGUCCUUUCAAUCGAAGGCUCGUGCAACGCAAAUGUUAGACAAGCUUUCUAGGGAAAUCUGUCUUAAUCUGCGGCAUUUUGUGGUAUUCUCUUCCGUUUCUUGCGGCAGAGGAAAUGCUGGUCAGACAAAUUACGGCAUGGCCAACUCUAUUAUGGAAAGAAUUUGUGAAAAAAGAGCGGAGAAAGGAUUGCCGGCAUUGGCGAUUCAGUGGGGAGCUGUGGGUGACGUGGGGCUUGUCGCUGACAUGAUGGAGGAUGAUAAGGAAUUAAUUAUCGGAGGCACUUUACAGCAAAAAAUAUCUUGCUGUCUCAACGAGCUCGAUAAGUUUCUACUCCAAAGUCGGCCCAUUGUAAGCAGCAUGGUCGUAGCUGAAAAAAAAGUGGGAUGUCACGGAAGUCUGGUAGAAACAGUUGCUAAUAUUUUAAACAUAAGUGACAUAAAAGUUGUAAGUCUAAAUUCAUCUCUGGCCGAACUCGGAAUGGAUUCUAUGAUGGCUGUAGAAAUCAAGCAAACUCUGGAACGAGAAUUUGAUAUAUUUAUCACAACACAAGAUAUACGAAAUCUCACUUUCGCAAAACUCAUUAAGAUGUCCGUUGCAAACAUCAGUGACGAUGAUGCGAAUGAUGAGAAAAAAAACAUAGAGAAGUCAGACAUUAUCAAAAUUUUAGUUGGUAUUACAUUAAACGAUGAAGAUUUUGUUUUCUCAGAUUUUUCGACUAACAGACAGAACACUACGACUGAAGUAUUUCUUAUACCAGGGAUUGACGGAUGUGGUUCUGUAUUUAAAACCAUAAUACCACUUAUUAAAUUUUCAACAUCAUUGUUGCAUUAUAACGCAGACAACAUCGAUUCUGCAAAUACGAUAAUGGAGACUACUAAUCGUCUGACAAACCGCGUACUUUCAAAGCUAACAGAUGGAAUGAAUUUUGUAAUGGUAGGGUACUCCUUCGGAUCUCUUAUUGCAUUUGAAAUAACAAGGAAAUUAGAAGCUAUGAAUUUUAAAGGCCGACUUGUUCUCAUCGACGGUGCUCCUGAGCUAGCACGAACAAUGUUCAAACCUUUUGAAUUAGAUUUUGAUGAUGCAAAUUUUCAGAUUGAUAUAUUAACUACGAUUCUAGAAAUCUAUUCCGCAGGAAGUUCUCAAAAAAUUUUAGUGGAAUUGAAGAAAUGUGAGAGCUGGAAUGAAAGAUUCAAUAUUUUCGCUAAACAGUUCUCAGUUAUAUAUCCAUAUCUCUCACUUGCAAAUUUAAAGACGGUGUCAACAUCGAUUUACAAACAUUUAUCCGUUCUUCGGCAUUAUGAUCCUUCUACAUUACCGCCUAUUAAGUCUCCCAUAACAUUGCUAAAAUGUACACACUCAUCAAAUAUGAUUGCAAUCGAAGAAGAUUUUUGUUUGCAUAAGGUAACUCAAAAUGUGGUAAAAGUACAUUACAUUGAAGGUGAUCAUGUGACAAUCAUGAAGAAUAAAAAAGUGGCAGCUGCUAUUAACGGAGAAUUACCAUUUACAAUUUGAUAUCUUUAUUUAUUUAUAAUUUGAUUUUACAGAACAGAUAAAUAAAGAAAUUUUUCAAACUUUUUAAGUCAGUCAGAAAUUCCGCUCUUUAUAUAAAGAUGAACAAAUUUGAACAGAGCGAGAAAUGUUCUACAAAAAAAAAUGUUCUACAGUUUAUCGGAUUGAUUUAACAUAAGAAGGAUAAAAUUUCGACAAC